GCCCGCCAUUCGAAAUCAGUCAAUGUUGAGUUGACGGCGCGAGAAGACGCGGGCGAAAGAGAGCGGAGAAUUUGAAGAAUUAAAGAAUCUAAGAAUUCAAGAAAAAGAAUCAGAACUGAAGAAAUCUAAAGUCCCGUCGCUGUGCCGUUUAGCUGAAUUAAAAAUUAACAAAUAUCUUUAAAAAAAAAAACAAGAUUCAAAUUUUAAAGAAUCACAAAAAAAUAAGAAAGAAAAGAACCAAAGCCGUCGCUGUGCCGUUAUAUUACUUAUUGUUUUUUGUGUGUGACUGACUACAUGUGUGCCUCCUAGGUAAUGAGUGAAGUUGGGUGUCGUUCCAACUGCAGAGACUAAAGACUUUGGGCGCCAACCAAAAGCCCCGCUGUAUAGAGAAUGCUGGUGCCGUCGGACAUGAUUGCGGCGCAGUCCAAGAUGGUCUACCAGAUGAACAAGUAUUGUGCGGACCGCGUCCAAGUGCGCAAGGCCCAGAUCCACAAGCAAAUCCAGGAGGUCUGCCGGAUCGUUCAGGAUGUCCUCAAAGAGGUGGAGGUCCAGGAGCCGCGAUUCAUUUCCUCGCUAAACGACUAUAAUGGUCGGUUCGAGGGUCUGGAGGUUAUAUCGCCCACGGAAUUCGAGAUCAUCAUCUAUCUGAACCAAAUGGGUGUACUCAACUUUGUGGACGAUGGAACGCUGCCGGGCUGUGCUGUCUUAAAGCUGAGCGAUGGCAGAAAGCGAUCCAUGUCACUGUGGGUGGAGUUCAUCACGGCCAGUGGUUAUCUCUCAGCCCGCAAGAUUCGAUCUAGGUUCCAAACUUUGGUGGCCCAAGCCUGCGAUAAGUGUGCCUAUCGCGACAUCGUCAAGAUGAUUGCCGACACCACGGAGGUGAAACUGCGCAUCCGGGAGCGUAUCAUUGUCCAGAUCACGCCCGCCUUCAAAUGCGCCGGCCUUUGGCCAAGAUCUGCCUCACAUUGGCCUUUGCCGGGCAUACCCUGGCCGCAUCCCAAUAUCGUAGCCGAGGUUAAAACGGAGGGUUUCGAUAUGCUUUCUAAGGAGUGCAUCGCUCUGCAGGGUAAAAACUCGGCCAUGGAGGGCGAUGCCUGGGUACUCAGCUUCACCGACGCCGAAAACAGGCUGCUGCAAGGAGCCAGUCGACGACGGUGUCUCAGCAUUCUGAAGACCCUGCGAGAUCGGCACUUGGACCUGCCCGGCAACCCGGUGACGUCGUACCACCUAAAGACCCUGCUGCUCUACGAGUGCGAGAAGCAUCCCCGCGAGAUGGAAUGGGAGGAGAACUGCAUCGCAGACCGGAUCAAUGGGAUCUUUCUGCAGCUAAUAUCCUGCCUGCAGUGCCGCCGUUGUCCGCACUACUUCCUGCCCAAUAUGGAUUUGUUCAAGGGCAAGUCGCCGGGUGCCCUGGAAAAUGCCGCCAAGCAAGUUUGGCGGUUAACCCGGAUCAUGCUGACCAAUGUCCGUUGUCUGGAGGAGCUCUAGGCAUCUAUAUAUACUAUAUACUAUAUAGACCCUUUGGAUCUUUGGAAGUUGCUGCUGCUGGGGGGAAAUAACAGGCAGCUAACCGCCGCUGGGUCUUAAAUUUUUUUAUUCGCCUUUUUGUUUUUUUUUUACUAAAUUGUUUUUUUUUUUCUAAACUAAAGACAAAGGAUCUGAAGGAUCAGAAAAGGCGAGGGGAGGGAUCGAAGAAGAACGGAAGAGAGAGAGGGAGAGAAGUGAAAUUGUAACCCAAAUACUAUUUGAUAUUUCGCUAGAUCGUAACUUAAGUUUAGGUGCUUUCGAAAAGUAUACGCCGCUUACAGAGUUUCCUAUAAUUAGAGCAUACUUAGUGUUAUCCAUUUAGAUCGUCAUCGUCGCAUAACGCACAAAAGUUAUCAUCUAGAUAUAUACGUUUUUUUUUUCUAUUCAAUAAUAAAUAUUUUGGGCCCGUUUGCUAAUAGCAAGGUGCAGAGCAAAAUUAGCGAAAUUAGAGAAGUAAGUUCAAACUGAAACUGAGACAGCCGAAUGGAGGAAUAUUUUCACCGUCGGUCCUAAAUUAUUUAUUCUAUGUUUUUGCCUUCUUCUUGUGAGUUUAGUCAAUAAAACGUAAGUUUUUCAAUGAAAA